AUGGAAAAAGAGUCUUUAAUAAUAUUUAUAAUUACAGUUCACAUUUUCAACUGGGGUCACCGUCAGCUAUCUGGCGCUGCUUUUGCUGAUUAUGUGCCUGGAAGUCGCCAGCGUUUCACAAACUAUCCGACUACUGGCUGCCCUGAUGGCUGGGUGACAUUUGCCGAUUCUUGCUAUUGGGUCGAACAGGAGAAAUUCAGCUAUGCGAAGGCUGAAGAAAAGUGCUACGAGAAAAAUGCGACAUUGCUGGUGUUGAACUCGCAAGAUGAAUGGGAUGCUCUCCGCCAGCACACACCAAAAACUUAUUACACGUGGCUCGGUCUUAUUAGACUGACAAAUGAUAGCAGAUGGCUCCGCAGCAACGAGGUUGCCAAUGACGGGCAAGAUACACCAGUCUGGCAAACGGAAGGUGCAGUAAAUCCAACAAAAAUCAACUGGCUCGUUCGCCCUUACGGACCACUUGUUAAUGGCUGGUCUAGCGUCUCAAACUGUGUUGCUCACUUCAGACCAGCAGUUGAUAUCGAAAACACCGAUUACGUGUUUUACUACCCAUGCAACUACGAGUUUUAUUCAAUCUGUGAGCGUAACAACACAAUUCUUGAUUUCCUUAACAGAAAAUUCGACUUUGAAGUAUAA